AUGUUUGAUUAUCAUCAAAGAACGAUUAAUUUAAUACUAAUCUUUAUUAUCAUAAUAUUCCAAGUAUCAUUAUGUUCAAUUAGAAAUGUUAAUGAACAUUAUUUUUUCGAACAUAAUCGUGCUAUUGGUGGAGAAUCUUUAGAUACAUCGAAAUUUGUUCUAUAUAUCGAUAAAAAUGCUUCUAGAUAUAUUGACAUACCUGAAGCAUAUAUGAAAAAUUGGAUAAAUGAUCAAAAAAUGUGGCGAACAUGGUCAAUUAUAUUAGCUGUAAUGUGUUUUAUCUUCUUUGGUACUUUAUUAUUUUUUCUUAUUCAUGGUUUUAUUACUUCAACGGGUCCAUUUGCUAGUUGUACAAAACAUAUUAAUGAAAAUUCAUCACAUAUUAAAAUGACAUCAUCAUCAUCAACAACAACAAAUAUACCUAAAGAUUAUCCACAAAUAGAAAAUAUUCAUACAACACAACAAACAUUUAUUGUUGGCUCUCGUCAAACGUCUACAUUAUAA